AUGUCGCAGCAAAGUCGCAAACCUCAAAUACAAGCGGCUUUCCCCAUCCUCAGAGCCGAGGACAUUCUCGAAUGUCUCGCCGCUUUAGAGAUUCCCGCCACACUCGAAGACAUCAUCAAACCGACUGCCGCGAGCUCCUAUGGUAUCUACGGAUAUCUUCUUGAAGUGCUCAUGGGUGCUACCGGAGACGCUAUUGAAGGCCCAAAACAGGCGUUGUUGGGCAUGAUUGAGUACAAGGAUCUGUACAAUGAUACGCUGCAAUUUGUCAUGUUUUUCAAACACUGUCGUCGCUUGGCGUUGCUGUGUGGCAUCAACGAUUUCGCUAUGGCAGAUUUGACCAGACCUGAGCCUGUCCGUUUCAGAAAGGCUCUCAGUGGCAUAAUGAACUUUGCCAAGUUCAGGGACGAACGGAUGCAGACUCAUGCUAUCUAUCAAGAAGCGUAUGUGAAGCAGCAAAGAAAGGCUCUCGAGAUGCGUCAGAAGUCUAUGGAUCUGGAGCGGCAGCUUCAAGAAAUAACUAAACGGAAUGAAGCCGACAGACCUCAAUCAGAAAAGGCGCAGCAGAGGAAUGAGGGCUUGAGAAGUGAGCUCAUGGAGCUGAACACGGCUCGUGUCAAGAUCACGCACGAGUACGACGAGCUCAAGAAGGAGAAGCAGCAACUCCUUGAAUUAGUUGCCAGCAACACCAAAGUCAUGACGCAAAUGGACCUCCAAAAGGCAGCCACCGAGUCAAGACUGGUCCAAUCUCCGGAUCGCCUCCGGCGUCACAUCUCUGAAAUGACAUACUCUAUUCAGAGCGAAAAGGCCCGAUUAGCUUCAUUUCAGCAAAAGGCUCGGGAGCUCACAAAUCGGCUGGAUGUCAUCAGCUCUCUCGAGGUUGAUCUCAAGAGUCUGAUUGACCUCGAACACGGCAUUCAAGAGCAACGAGGAAAAGCAGAAGAGACAAAGCGAGCCAAGGCGACUUUGGAAGGAAGGCUGGAAGGGAAGCGCAUUGAGAGCCAAAGUCUAUCAGCCAAGCUCGAGCAACUGCAGAAACAGCUGCUGAACGCCAGCCACAAGCUUGACAGACAGGAAGAGAUGAGGAAGGAAAUGCGCGAGAAGGGCGCGAAGAGGAUUGAGGAGCUCAAAGCUGAAUAUAUGAAGCGCACGAAAGAAAGACAUGAGUGGCAGUCUAAGCGUGACACGCUGUUGGCGCAGCAGAAAAAGCUGGAAUCGGAAAUGAAUGCGUACAUCACCAAGCACGAGAACGACAUCAACGAGCUCUUGCAGGAAUACUGGAGUAUGCGUCGACAAGCUGAGGAUUACAUGAACAUGAUGACGGUCAAGCUCGGCCUGAGACUUGAGGCUUAG